AUGUUAUUUGAAAGCCACUUCAACUGCCUUGUAGUAUUUGUGAAUAAGUUAGGGUCUGUAUUAUUUUCCUUAAUGACUGAUAAUCCGUUUGAAUAUGCUGUGUUACUUACCAUCAUUGCGAAUUGUGUGGUGCUGGCAUUGGAAGAGCAUCUGCCUUGUAAGGAUAAGACGAUACUGGCUCAAAAACUGGAAAAAACGGAGGCCUAUUUCCUUGGUAUUUUUUGUGUAGAAGCGUCCCUCAAAAUAUUAGCGCUAGGUUUUGUACUCCACCCGAAAUCAUAUCUCCGCAAUAUUUGGAACAUGAUGGAUUUUGUUGUAGUAGUUACAGGGUUCAUAACACUCAUCCCUUUCAAUAAUGUGGACAUGGAUCUCCGAACUCUGAGAGCCAUUCGGGUGCUCAGACCUCUCAAACUGGUGUCGGGGAUUCCCAGUCUGCAGGUGGUGCUGAAGUCCAUAAUAAAAGCAAUGGCACCACUGCUGCAGAUUGGUCUGCUCGUAUUGUUUGCCAUUGUCAUUUUUGCCAUAAUUGGGCUCGAAUUCUAUUCAGGGGCCUUACAUAAAUCCUGUUACAGUUUAGAAGAUUUCGAUGUUAUAGUUAAAGAGGGAGAUUUAGAAACUCCUUGUAAUGCAGACAGCGAGUUGACUGCACCAAGAGGAAGUUAUGUUUGUGAUGCUAAUAUUUCUACUUGUUAUGAAAAAUGGGAUGGGCCAAAUUUUGGAAUAACAUCAUUUGAUAACAUUGGCUUUGCAAUGUUGACUGUAUUCCAGUGCAUUACUAUGGAAGGAUGGACAGCCAUUCUUUAUUGGACAAAUGAUGCACUAGGUAGUUAUUUCAACUGGGUAUAUUUUGUGCCAUUAAUCGUCCUGGGUUCCUUCUUCAUGCUCAAUUUAGUUCUUGGUGUUCUUAGUGGAGAAUUUGCCAAGGAGAGAGAGAAAGUUGAAAACCGUCAGACGUUCCUGAAGCUGCGUAGGCAGCAGCAGCUGGAACGUGAGCUCAAUGGGUACGUCGAGUGGAUCUGCAAGGCAGAGGAAGUAAUCCUUGCAGAAGAACGAACUACAGAGGAGGAAAAAAUGCAUAUUAUUGAAGCAAGAAGAAGAGCAGCAGCAAAAAGAAAGAAACUGAAAAACUUGGGAAAAAGUAAAAGUACAGACACCGAGGAAGAAGAGGGCGAGGAAGAAGAUGAAGAUGGUUUCUCUCGAGCUUCCUAUUUGAAAUCAAAAGUAAAAAAUAAAGGGGCAUGUGUACAGUUCUGGAGAGCAGAGAAAAGAUUCAGAUUCUGGAUCCGUCAUACUGUUAAGACCCAGUGGUUCUACUGGUUUGUUAUUGUGUUGGUUUUUCUCAACACUCUUUGUACUGCUGUAGAAUAUUAUGGUCAACCACAAUGGCUUACUGAUUUCUUAUAUAUUUCUGAAUUUGUAUUCUUGGGUCUUUUUAUGAUGGAGAUGCUUAUCAAGAUGUAUGCCCUUGGACCUCGAAUCUAUUUUGAAUCUUCAUUCAAUCGUUUUGACUGUGUAGUGAUCAGUGGCUCCAUCUUUGAAGUGAUAUGGUCUGCUGUGAAACAAGGCUCAUUUGGUAUAUCAGUUUUACGAGCCUUGCGCCUUCUAAGGAUAUUUAAAGUUACAAAGUACUGGUCAUCGCUGCGCAAUCUUGUGAUAUCCUUGUUGAAUUCGAUGCGCUCCAUCAUCUCACUUCUGUUCCUGCUCUUCCUGUUUAUCCUUAUUUUUGCCUUACUUGGUAUGCAGUUGUUUGGUGGUCAAUUUAAUUUUGAAGAUGAGACACCACCCACAAACUUCAACACAUUUCCUAUUGCUCUACUGACAGUCUUCCAAAUUCUUACUGGUGAGGACUGGAAUGAAGUGAUGUAUCAAGGAAUUCGUUCUCAGGGUGGAAAUAGUGGUGGUAUGAUCUACUCACUUUAUUUUAUCAUUUUGGUUCUGUUUGGAAACUAUACACUGCUGAAUGUGUUCUUGGCCAUUGCUGUUGAUAAUCUGGCCAAUGCACAAGAACUGACUGCAGCAGAAGAAGAGCAAGAAGAGGAAGAUAAAGAGAAACAGCAAGAAGAACUGCACAAGGAGAUGGAAGCUCUGCAGUUAAUGGGCGGGUGUAGUUCACCUCCAAAAGUUGAAAUAUGCCCGCCCUCACCAACGCACAAUUUUAAAGGGAAGAGCAAUAACAAUAAGAAAGAAGAAGAUAAGAAGGAGGAGGAUGAAGAUAUGACUGGUCCAAAGCCAAUGCUGCCAUAUUCGUCAAUGUUUAUUUUUUCCCCAACCAAUCCAGUUCGGCGCGGAGCUCACUGGGUGGUCAACAUGAAGUAUUUUGACUUCUUCAUAAUGGUAGUCAUCAGCUUAAGUAGCAUAGCUCUCGCUGCCGAAGAUCCUGUAGAUGAAAAAUCAAACCGAAAUCAUAUUUUGGAUUAUUUUGAUUAUGCUUUCACUGGAGUGUUCACAAUUGAAAUGAUUUUGAAGAUUCUUGAUCUUGGAGUAAUCCUCCAUCCGGGGUCAUAUCUCCGAGAAUUCUGGAAUAUUAUGGAUGCUGUUGUUGUUAUUUGUGCUGCUGUUUCAUUUGCAUUUGACAUGAGUGGAAGCAAAGCGGGUCAAAAUUUAUCUACUAUUAAAUCUCUUCGUGUGCUGAGAGUCCUGCGUCCUCUAAAAACCAUUAAGCGUGUUCCCAAACUUAAGGCUGUGUUUGACUGUGUUGUAAACUCUCUCAAGAAUGUCAUCAACAUUCUCAUCGUGUACAUAUUAUUUCAAUUCAUAUUUGCUGUCAUUGCAGUGCAGUUGUUUAAUGGAAAAUUCUUCUUUUGUAAUGAUGAAAGCAAAUUCACCAAAGAUGAAUGCCAGGGCCAAUUUUUUAUUUUUAAUGGUGAUAAUGUACCUGAACCAAGAAAUAGGGAAUGGAAAACUCAGGCCUUUCAUUAUGACAACGUAAUGGUUGCAAUGUUAACAUUGUUUGCUGUGCAAACGGGUGAAGGGUGGCCACAAGUGCUUCAGAAUUCAAUGGCCACAACACAGGACAACCGUGGUCCUAUACAAAAUUAUCGAAUAGAAAUGUCCAUCUUUUACAUUGUGUAUUUUGUCGUAUUCCCUUUCUUCUUCGUAAACAUCUUCGUUGCCUUGAUCAUCAUAACAUUCCAGGAACAGGGUGAAGCUGAAUUGCAAGAUGGAGAAAUAGAUAAAAAUCAGAAAUCGUGCAUUGAUUUUACAAUUGGUGCUCGUCCUCUUGAGCGAUAUAUGCCUAACAAGAGGAAUGGUUUCAAAUACAAAAUUUGGAGGAUUGUAGUAUCAACACCAUUUGAAUAUUUUAUAAUGAUUCUUAUUGUUUUCAACACCUUGCUGCUUAUGAUGAAGGUACAAAACUACCACAAUAUGAGGCAGUUGGUUGGCUUUCCUUUGAGAGAUCAAUGCGACAAGUGGAAUUAUAAAUUACCAAGAACAUUAAUACUUCUCAAACUCUUAGAAACUAAACCACCAAACAACAUUAAAUAG